UGUAAUCACACUGUUUCUUGCUUUUUUAUCUUUGAUUUAAAAUUUUUUUUUUUUAACCAAUGGAGCUGCCGUUCUGGCUAAAGUUAGUGAAAAACAAGAAGGUACCCCACUAGGGCUGUAACAUGAGAACAUUGGUCAGACUUACCUGGAGAGACAAGAUUAAUGACAGCCUCAAAGUUUAAAUCUAAACUGGUACAAGUGCCUACAGGCAGCCCUCCUGUGGUGCCCUAACACAUAACUUUAUGGCCAUGGUCUAGUUUCCCUCCUUUAUGUUUAUUUUACAUGUUCAUGUAGAAUGUAAUCGUAGAUGUAGGAUUAGUAUACAGCACUAGUGUGUUACUGGUGGAACAUACUGCUCAUGGAUUCUUUGAGGACUGGCUUUCAUCUUGUGUAAUCCAGCUUUGUGGUUGUCUGUCACAGGUAUUUCAUGCACGGAGUUUGUAAGGAAGGAGAGAACUGUCGCUACUCACAUGACCUCUCUGACAGUCCAUAUGGUGUAGCGUGCAAGUAUUUCCAGCGAGGGUACUGCAUCUACGGAGACCGCUGCAGAUACGAACAUAGCAAACCAUUGAAACAGGAAGAGGCAACUACUACAGAUCCUACUGCAAAACCACCCCUUGCUGCUUCCUCAAGUCUCUCCUCUGUAGUUGGACUGAUUGCUGAAAUGAGUACGGGCGAGUCUGAGUCAAGAAAUUCAAACUUUGCAGCUGUAGGAGCAGGUUCCGAAGACUGGGCAAACGCCAUUGAGUUUGUUCCAGGACAGCCCUACUGUGGCCGUACUGCCCCUUCUUGCACCGAAGCGCCCCUGCAGGGCUCAGUGACCAAGGAAGAGCCAGAGAAGGAGCCCACGGCAGUGGAGACCAAGAAGCAGCUCUGCCCCUAUGCCGCGGUUGGCGAGUGCCGCUACGGAGAGAACUGCGUGUAUCUCCACGGAGACGCCUGUGACAUGUGCGGGCUGCAGGUCCUGCACCCAGUGGACGCUGCCCAGAGAUCGCAGCACGUAAAGUCUUGCAUUGAGGCCCAUGAGAAGGACAUGGAGCUCUCAUUUGCGGUGCAGCGCAGUAAGGACAAAGUGUGUGGGAUCUGCAUGGAGGUGGUCUAUGAGAAAGCCAACCCCAGCGAGCGCCGCUUCGGGAUCCUCUCCAACUGCAACCACACCUACUGUCUCAAGUGUAUUCGCAAGUGGAGGAGUGCUAAGCAAUUUGAGAGCAAGAUCAUAAAGUCCUGCCCAGAAUGCCGGAUCACAUCUAACUUUGUCAUUCCCAGUGAGUACUGGGUGGAGGAGAAAGAAGAGAAGCAGAAACUCAUUCAGAAAUACAAGGAGGCGAUGAGCAACAAGGCGUGCAGGUAUUUUGAUGAAGGACGUGGGAGCUGCCCAUUUGGAGGGAACUGUUUUUACAAGCAUGCGUACCCUGAUGGCCGUAGAGAGGAGCCACAGAGACAGAAAGUGGGAACAUCAAGCAGAUACCGGGCCCAACGAAGGAACCACUUCUGGGAGCUCAUUGAGGAGAGAGAGAACAGCAACCCCUUUGACAACGACGAAGAGGAGGUUGUCACCUUUGAGCUGGGCGAGAUGUUGCUUAUGCUUUUGGCUGCAGGUGGGGACGAGGAGCUGACAGACUCUGAAGACGAGUGGGACUUUUUUCAUGCUGAGCUGGAGGACUUUUAUGACUUGGACCUAUAGCAGCUUUGCGUGGCGGGUGACUGGUCUGCUGAGCCCAGACAGUGGCUGUCCCCUGCGGUGGUGUGGCAGUGCCCGUGUCUCCUAGGCAGGCCUAGCAACUCCAGGUGCUGUCGUAAUACUUCUACCCAGGGCCUGUCUUCUCACUCCCUCCCCUUCCCCAAGGAGUAUGUUGUUUUCUCUGGUUAAAAAGUUACAAAAAUAAACCUUAAAGUUAGUUUUUUGUAACACAAAUUUAACUGUCAGACAGUUA